AUGGAAAAUGCAAGGGAAAAUGAUACAAGUGAGUCUUCUGAGGCCCAAGUAAACAUAAUGGAACAGAUGCUUGCAGCCCUGACUGAGGCAAUAACGCAACAACAGAGACAACAACCUUUACAACCUUUGCCUCCUCCGCCUCCGCCGGUACAAGUUGAACCGGAUAACAAUGACAUUAUCAACUUGACCCAUAAAUUCAUGAAAAUGAAACCAUCAACCUUCUUAGGUGGCAUUGAACCUUUAAAGGUAGAAACAUGGUUGCUCGAAAUGGAAAAAUUAUUUGAAGUAUUUUCUUGCUCCGUGACGCAAAAAGUACUCUUGGCUACAUAUACCGUAAAGGAUGAAGCCCGGCAAUGGUGGUUGUUAGUUCGAAAUAACAAUGGGGAUAUGACAUGGGCUCAAUUCAAUGGGAUAUUCUAUAACAAGUACUUUCCCCAAUGUUUCAGAGAUCGAAAAGUGUCAGAGUUUCAAGAACUCAAGCAGGGCAGGAUGUUUGUGGCCGAGUAUGAAGCCAAAUUCACUGAGUUAGCCAGAUUUGCUCCUCACAUAGUGAAUACAGACUAUAAGAAAGCCAGCAAAUUUGAAGGAGGAUUGGAUUUAGACAUAUUUGAUCAAGUAGGUGUAUUGAAGUUGCCUACCUAUGUGAAAGUUUUGGAUAGAGCAAUAAUGGCGGAAGCCACUCUAGCAACAAUAAAACAAGCUAAGGCACCAACCACAGAAUGGAGAAGUAAAAGGUCCGGAUUCAAUUUCAAGAAGGGCCGGUCAUUUCCAAAAGAGAAACAGAAUACGGGAUCUUCCAGUAGCUCUAACCAGAGUAGUAGCUAUAUUCUAAAGUGUCCUGAUUGUGGAAGAAAAUAUAGAGGAGUGUGUCACCAUGCAUCUGGUACUUGUUACCGGUGUGGCAAAGUUGGCCAGAUGAUAAAAGAUUAUCCACUUGGGCUCGAGAAUGCCAAUCGCCCCGCAGAAAGUUCAGCUAGGUCUACUUCAGUGGCUAGGUCAAACGCUAGAACUAAUGUUAGGGGUAACACUGGAAAUGAAACGUUAAGGCAAGAGAAGUGUUCGCACUAA